AUGAAGGGAGACCCUUGCCCUGCGAUGGACUUGGCCGCCGCCGCCCUGGAUGCACGCAAGGGAUACUACAAAACAAACCACUGCCCAAGCCAGGACGAUUUCGAUGAGAACGCGUUCUUCAGCCAAAAUCCAAUUUUCACGACUGUGUUGGUUUCGACUGUGUCGCAUUGCAAUAUCGCCUAG